AUGGAUUUUGAUUUGAACGAUUAUCCAUCUAAUGAUGUUGGCGAUGAAGAUGAAGUAUUGUCAAGGAAGGAAGCAUGUGUUGAUGAAAAUAAUGUUGAAAAUAGAAAUGAAGAUUGUGAUGAUAAUUCAGAUGUUGGAGACGGAGAUAAGGAUCAAAGUCUUGAAGAAGUUGAGGAAAAUAUUGAAGAUGAGCAACAUGUUGAGCAUGAUUAUGGCAAAUUUGUCGAUCUACUUAAUAGGAUUGAUGUACUUGAGAUGGUAUUAGAGGUUGGAAAAUCUGUGCAAGAUCCCGAAGCAGCUCAUAUUUUAUAUUGCGAGUAUGCAAGACUGAAGGGAUUUAGUGUGACAAGAGAUAACAAAGGUUACUUUAAUGGUACUAGAAUAUGUAGUUACAAAACAUUUCUUUGCUCUUGCCAUGGUAAGAGUGAAACGAACACAUCGUUGGAUAGAGGGAUGGCUACUUACAAGAAGCAAGAUCGGAAGAUCACGUGUAAGGCAAAGCUAAGGGUGUCACGCAGACGUAAUCAGCCAUGGAAAGUGAGGUCUUGGUACAAAGAGCACAAUCAUGAAUUAUUCCCCUCUGACCAGUCGUAUUUGUUACGCUCAGCCCGUUCUUUGUCUAAAUCUAAGAAACUUUUGAUAGAAUCAAUGAAUUCAGUAGGCAUUGGCAUCUCACGGGCUUAUGCAUUCAUGGAGAAGGAGUCAGGCGGGCCACAAAAUUGUGGUUUUACACGGAAGGAUGCAUAUAAUCACAUUAAUGGCAUAAAGAUGAAGACAAAAGUGGAAAACGGUGAUGCAAAUAGCCUUAUUCAAUAUUUCAGUAAGAUGUCGAAUAGUGAGGCAUUCUUUUAUUUUGACUUUUAA